UCAUUUUUGACAGUCCAGGUGUAUGUAGAAAAAGAAACCGAGUAAUUUUUUUAAUUAGUUAUUUAAUAUCAGUAAGAUAAAGAUGGAGAAUGCAGAGGGGGGACUUAAAAGAAAAAGUCGUUUAGCAGUUUUUGAGCAUGUUAGUGAGAGACAAAAGGAUCCUAAGAAAAAUAAGUUUCGACCGAAUCGGCUCGAUUUAGAAGAUUCUUCUCCGUCCGAAUCCGAAUUGGUUAUUGACGACGAAAAGGAAGAACCUGUAAAAUGUAAAAAAAAUGUUUUGAUACCUUUGACAAAAGAAAUAUUGAACUUAAGUUGUGAAUGGAGUUCUUGUGAUGAAAUUUUUUACUCUUGGGACAAAUUUAAUGCACAUUUAAUGGAACAUGCUUCAUUAAAGUCAGAAAAUUUUGAAUGUCUUUGGGGCAGUUGUGAGGCCACUUUUUCAUGUUGUUAUUUCCUAUCACAACAUGUAUCAUACCAUGGUUAUUUGACCAAGUUAAAAAACAUCGGUCAAAAUGUUUUGGACAGAAACGAUUGGCCGACUUGCAAUUUGGAAGAAAACUACAAGAUACCUGUGUCGCUCGAAGGUUAUACAUGUAGAUGGGAAUAUUGUUCGGUUAAUUAUUGUACAAUAUAUGACUUUUUUUCACACAUGGAAGUACAUGUUCAGAACAACCCUCGUGUGUCGAAUGAAUCGUUGAAUGAAAUCAUAAUGUGUUGUUGGGAAGGUUGUAAUACGAAAUUCUCUACAAAAUACAAAUUGUGCGAACACGUCCGUACGCAUACCAAGGAAAAAAUUAUCGCCUGUCCCACUUGUUGCACUAGUUUUUCAAACAAAACCAAGUUGGGCGAUCACAGAAAGAGGCAACUGGCAACUGAUCUGCAAAGUUAUCAAUGUUCGCAAUGUUUAAAGCUGUUCCCUAGCGAGCGGUUGCUUAGAGAACAUAUGCGCUGUCAUAUAAACCAUUAUAAAUGCACGAUGUGCGACAUGACGUGUCCGAAACCUUCCAUACUAGCUAAACACAUCCGAUUCAAGCAUAUUAAGGAGAAACCGUAUAAGUGCACAUCAUGCCCAAAAACAUUUGUAGCAAGACAUAAUUUGAUGACCCAUCUGAGGUCUCACAAUGGAGAGAAAAUAAUGAAAUGUGAAUUGUGCGAUUUUGAAUGUCGAACCAAAUUGAGUCUGAGCAAUCAUUAUGUUAAAGUGCACGAAAAAGUCCGCCCCGUAUACGAGUGCCACUGCUGCAAGCAGAAAUUCCGACGGGGGGGUUACCUGACAAAACACUUGAUGAAGGUUCACAACUAUCACUGGCCGUCUGGACAUUCCAGAUUCCGUUAUCUUAAGGACCAAGACGGCAUCUACCGCUUGCAAACGGUACGUUACGAGAGCCUGGAGGUGACCCAGGAGAUGAUAAAAAGCGAGUCGUUGCAAUUCAGCAAUAAAGCCAAUAGUGUGAAUUACAGUCUAAAGUACGACAACGAUGGGAAAUCGAAUUACAUUCUCUCGGUGUUUGAGGACGGCGAGCAGUCCUUUAAAAUGACUGAAGAUGAAGAGAAGAAGAACAUUCUCAUAACUAUAAACGACGUGGACGAGGACGGGAACAUCGUUCGAUCCGAGGUAGUCGAGUCGGGGGAAAUUGUGACGACGGUUGUUCGUAAUUCACAACAGAUCGUCAGAAUCAGUGCGGGGGCAGAAGAAAAUCAAGAAGGCGCUGGAACAAAACGCGGGAAAGGCAAGAAACGGAGGAGGAAGCGAAAAGCGCCGAGGAGGAAGACUCGGACCUCAUCGGCGACAAAAACAGAUGGAGUAUGAUGCUUUUCCGAAAAAGCGAUUUUGAACGAUGUGUCGAAAUAAGACCAUCUAAAAGUGAGUAAUAUAUUUUACUUUUUUUUUACUUUAUUCACUUAUUUCUGUAAAUUUUCUUGUUGAGUUUGGUAUUUUUUUAAG